CCCGGUCUCUCCCCUCCCCCCCCUCCCCCCCCUCUCUUUCUCCUUCUUCUUAGCCGAAGCAGCGGCGGCGGCGGCGGGUCGCGGCUGAGGCGAGGCGAAGCGAGGCGGGCGCGGCCCGGGCCUCCUCCAGCUAUGGACCUGGAGGCGUCCGACGAGACGGGCUCCAUUGGAGGGGCCGAAGCGGGAGCCGGAGCCGUCACCCCCGAGGCGGGCGGCUGGGGGGCGCCGCAGGACUCGGCGGCAGGAGGAGGGCUGGCUUUGAAGAAGGCAAUUCUAACAGAGCCACCAUCGCUGACAGGGCAGCCGGGAGCCGGCCUGGGGAAAAAAAUAGGCCACCGAGGAGUUGACGCCUCAGGGGAAACGACAUACAAGAAGACCACGUCAACCACCCUCAAGGGGGCCAUCCAGCUGGGGAUUGGCUACACUGUGGGAAAUCUGAGCUCCAAGCCUGAGAGGGAUGUUUUGAUGCAAGAUUUCUACGUAGUGGAGAGCAUUUUUUUUCCCAGUGAAGGCAGUAAUCUCACUCCAGCGCACCAUUACCCCGACUUCAGGUUCAAAACGUACGCCCCUGUAGCUUUCCGCUAUUUUCGAGAACUUUUUGGCAUUCGUCCGGAUGAUUAUUUGUAUUCCUUGUGCAACGAGCCGCUGAUCGAGCUCUCCAAUCCUGGGGCCAGCGGCUCCCUCUUCUAUGUCACCAGCGACGAUGAAUUCAUCAUCAAGACUGUGAUGCACAAAGAGGCAGAGUUCCUCCAGAAACUUCUUCCAGGUUAUUAUAUGAACUUGAACCAGAAUCCACGGACGUUGCUGCCAAAGUUCUACGGUCUCUACUGCGUCCAAUCCGGGGGCAAAAACAUCCGCGUGGUGGUGAUGAAUAACAUCCUGCCCCGGGUGGUGAAGAUGCACUUGAAAUACGACCUCAAAGGCUCCACCUACAAACGCCGGGCGUCCAAGAAAGAGAAGGAUAAGUCGAGCCCCACCUACAAAGAUUUGGAUUUCAUGCAGGAUAUGCCCGAGGGCAUCAUGCUGGACGCAGACACCUUCAGUGCUCUGGUGAAGACGUUGCAGAGGGACUGUUUGGUGCUAGAGAGUUUUAAAAUCAUGGAUUACAGUCUGCUCCUCGGGGUGCACAACAUAGACCAGCAGGAACGGGAACGACAAGUUGACGGUGCCCAGAGCAUGUCGGAUGAAAAACGCCCCGUGGGACAGAAGGCUCUGUAUUCCACCGCCAUGGAGUCGAUCCAAGGUGGGGCUUCUCGAGGGGAGCCCAUUGACACGGAUGACACAAUGGGGGGUAUUCCAGCCGUGAAUGGCAGAGGGGAGCGUCUGCUGCUGCACGUCGGCAUCAUCGAUAUUCUCCAGUCCUACAGGUUAAUCAAGAAACUGGAGCAUACGUGGAAAGCUCUUGUCCAUGAUGGGGACACGGUGUCAGUCCACAGGCCCAGCUUCUAUGCAGAAAGAUUCUUCAAGUUUAUGACCAAUACGGUGUUCAGGAAAAGCUCUUCCCUGAAAGCGUCUCCCUCAAAGAAAGGACGGAAUGCCUUGUUAGCUGUUAAGCCAUCCGGCCCUAUGGCUGCGUUCUCUGCCAGCCAGAUUCCUUCGGAGAAGGACGAAGUGCAGUAUGACCUCCGGGGAGCCAGGAGUUACCCCACCUUAGAUGACGAAGGUGCUAAAGUUAACCACGACAGGGGGGAAGGCCGACCUGAUCUUCUUCCCUGCACCCCUCCCUCUUUCGAAGAAGCAACUACAGCCUCUAUAGCAACCACGCUCUCUUCCACAUCUCUUUCUGUGCCGGAAAGAUCUCCUUCCGAAUCCUCCGAGCAGCCCCGAUACAGGCGGCGCACACAGUCCUCAGGACACGAAGGAAGGACUCGUGAACAGGUCCGAGCGGAAGAUGACCUCCAGCAGAUAACUGUGGAGCUCAAGCCGAAGUGUGAUAUUGAGAUUGUGGUGCCUGAUGUGGCUGCUGCAGGAGAGGCGGCGUCCUUAGCGUGUGCCACCAUGUUGUCGGCAGCAGCGGCGGCGGAAGUUGAGACAGCAAGCCAGGCCUCCGAGCCUGCCAGCCAAGCUUCAGAUGAAGAGGACCUUGCAAUCCCGGAUAUCUAUUUUUUCACAGAAGGAAAAUACUGGAUUUACUCCCCCUGCCUGCGCAGGCUCCGAGCCGCCUCGGUUUCCUCUGGGGACCCGACAGACGAGAGGAGCUGGGUCUAUUCUCCUCUCCACUAUAACACUCAAAUCCAGUCAGUCUCUGACGAAGAGAGUGAUACAUAACUUCUAUGCAGACGCCUCGAGAGAAGGGUUCCUCCUGACGCCAUUUGCGGUGGUCCCUUUCGAUGUUCCUUGCAGCUUUUCGGAGGGAAGGCGUGGAAGAAUGUCGUGCAUCAACGUCGGCUGUGCUUCAGCAUCCCAGCGUUACCCGGAAAGUCAAAGCAAAACCGCCCCAAGUCCCAUCUCCUUCCUCCCACCGUCCUUUCUCCAAAACGUGUAUAUUAAUACCUCUCAAAGCAGUUACCCACAAACUGAUCUUGGCCCCAGAGACAUCAGAGGUCAGGAGGAAUUCGAUCCUGGGUCGCCACCUCUCUUUUUUCCCCUCCCCCCCUCUCUCUCUCCCCCCUCUCUUUAUUCCCAAAGUGCACUACUGUAGCUCUCUUAUCUGUAUGUGAUACUGUGAACAUUUUUUUAAAAAAAAUCAUGUAUUUAUUUUGUUUCUCUUUGCACAAACAGCACGCUUGUGCUUUUGUUUUUGUUUUUUUUCUUCAAAAAUAGUUUUAUUGCACUUUUAGGGUGUAGGGGAGAAGACCUUGUUACAGAUGUCAAUCGCCUUGGGUGAUAGAGAUUAGAAGAAGCAGCGGCCUCUGAGCAAAGGGGCAGCAAAGCAGGAGAGGCUGGCGGAGCUGUGGAGCUGGUUAGAAGAGCGUCCGUCAAAUGCCACUUUGGGUUGAUCGCUCAGUGGCCCCCACUUCAGUUUGUUAGUGGAAAAAAAAGGCUUAAAUCCUAGCCGGCUCAUGAAGAUUUGAAACUUUCCACCGAAACAAGCCGUGGAACCUUCCUGAAGAGUCCUUGGUAUCUUCUUGAGGGGGAUUUUUCCUCCCAGUUGCUCAUCAUCCCUUACGUCUGCCAUCUUUGUUGGGGAAGGUGGCUGAACCUAGCUCAGUUCCAUGCAAAGCUAUGCUUAGUGGUGUCUUCAGGUGGCUUCUCUUCCUGCUGUGCCCAGCUGGGUCGACUGAAGCCAUAAGAGACAGCAAGCUGGAAAGGCUUUGAGGUCCUCAAGGUUGGAGAGAAGCACCCCGGAAAGGCUUCCAGGAGACGAAAAACAUGGAGAAGGCCCGCUUAGGAGGUCUUGGCGGCUUUUCAAGAAGCUGAGCUCUGUUCUAAGAGCUGUGAAGCAGCUCACUUGGGAGAGAAACACCAGAGGACUCGCUUACAGCCCCUCAGGAUCAGACUGUCAUUGUGCAUGUCGCUGCUCUAAAUACGGAGAGGGGAAAAGAUGAAUUUGGUUGUACACAGAAAAGGCAGCAGAGAAUCAUCUAUGUGGAAAUCCUCUCAUUUUGGGGAAGCGGUUGAAAAAAAAAUGUGUCUUCCAGACCCACAGCUGCUGGAGGAUUUCCACAACUGUUGACAGUAUUGUGAACACAUUCCUUUUGAUGGCACAAACGCUCUCCGCUUUGGGGGUGGGUAGGACGUCUCUUAAAUAGCAGCAUUUGGAGAUGCAAGCUAUUCUCAUCAGCGCAGUAUUCACGACCAGCCAAGUCACUCUGUCCGCUUCAGUUGAUGAGAGGCCCAAAAGCUGCUUUUUUUUCUGGGGAUGGGUGGGUGGAUGAGGUUAUUCAAAUUUAACUCGGUGCCUCUGCAAAGGCCCUGCCCUUGUGAAACGGAAGAGAGAUAGCUAGAGAGCAGAAGGCAGCUUUCUAUCUUCUUGGUGAUCCUUCCGUGAGGUGAGAAAUUCUUGCGAUGUGCCCCUCGGCUCCUGGAGGGUCCAAGUUAAGCGCUUCCUUGAAAGUGCUUCUCAUCUAUUGAAAUUUGGUCCUUUUGGGGUGAAAGUCCCCUAUAAAUAAAGGAGGAGAAGAAAAAAAGCAGGCUUAAGAAGGUCUUGUGGGGAAGCAAGACAAUGUCUAAGUGCUGUCCAGUUUGUGUUAGGUUCUCAUUCCAUGACUGAGGAAACUGGGGAAAUCCUUGUUCUUCGUCUAAAGUUUUGGGGGCAUCCCCCGUGCUGGAACUUCUCAGCCUCUUGCUAAACAUUCCAGAACACAACUGGAAACUGUAUUUGAAGUGAUAACAAUAGUUUUGGGACAGAUUUUGAGAAUGCUUCUUUAGGCAGCUACAGGUAGAAUGGUUUUUCUGAACCUUGCCCAGUGGGCCUCUGUUUCAGGUUCUUUCCGAGCGCCCGAAGUGGCCUGCCUCCUCCUCAACCUUGUCAUUUUCUCUCCCAGCAUCCUGGAUUCCAUUUCCAAUCACCGUCACGUCUUCUCUAAAGCUGCCAGUUGUCAGGAUGGCACCUUUCUCUUCAGCCUGAGGUGGCACGGCCCUCCUUCCUUCCUUCCCCCCUUGAACUUGGUCUCCCUGCAAGCUAUGGACUCAGGGCAAAAUGCAGGCCAAGCUUUAGUCUGUCUUUGCAGACCGACCCACGCAGCAUCUUCCAUCCUUGGAGGAGGUGGGCUGAUCCAUCCGUCAGCAGAGCAGGUGGUUCUGGAGCAACCGGCACCCUUCCCUCUACCUGGCAGAAGGCACAAUCAAGAGGCCCCUUGUGGGUUUUGAAGAUGGCAUCAAAUCUGGAGUAACCUGGUCAGGGAUGGUCCUUUUAGAGUUGGUUGCCCAUUGAUCGGCCAGUUAUUGAAGACCAUGCUUGCAAGAUUCCUUGACAUGCAUUGAUUCCUUUGACUUGGGGUAUCAGCAGAGUUUGGGCAUAGUUGGCUUUGUCUUCUCUGAUUGGCCGGGAGCCUAAAAAUAGGCAGAGCAAGACAGGGCCACCCUCUACUGAACUCUGCCAUGGAUGAGGUCCCCUUUGUAUAAGAUUGUCAGCUGUGGUUUUCAGCCAGGAUGAACAAGACGGCCACCUUGGAGGCAUCUGGACCCCGUCUUCCUCAUCUCAAGCCUAGCAAGAAAGUCCAUCCGGCAGCUUCUACCCUCUUCUUCCUCUUGGUUUCUUCAGUGGAGAGAAAAAUCAGCGUUCGGACCACCACCAGAUACUAUUCUGAAUGACUUUUGUUGACGUCUACAUUAGACUUCUUGAGUGUGCAUAUAUGCUAUAUAUAUAUAUAUAUAAAUAUAUAUAUAUACUUACAUAUGUUUCUUUCCUUUUUUUUUGAAAAAGUAUUUUUUUAAAAGAACAUCUCCAUGUUACAUGCUUUAUACACAGAAUGUAUAGGAUUUAAGGAUUGUGUUCAGGGGGGUGGGAAAGUGAAAGAGCAGUCGAGUGAGACUCAAUUAGUUUUCUUUACUUUUUUUUUUUCAAAGAAAGACGUAUUCCUCGGGUCACAAUUUACUUCUUUCUUGGGGGAGGGAUCUUGGCUUCAAAAUGUAAAUUGUUGCAUAUUUCAAAGUGGUGCAGCUGAAAUGGCGUUUUUUUUUUUUUAAUGUGAAACCAGGCACAAUUUCUCUCACCAACGUACACAAAUGCUUCCCAGCAAAAAUCUCUUUUCCCUCUCUGCCCAGCUCCCAUAAAUAGCUUUUCAAGUGUGUGGUACAAUUACAUUUUUAUUUAGCCUGAACAUCAGGAAGGGGCUAAAUGUGAUUUGUUUCUCAAACCUGGCAGCUUUAUGAGGUGUGGACUUCAACUCCCAGAUGGUGGGAGUUGAAGUCCACCCAUCUUAAAGUUCCUAAAGUUGAGAAAACCUGGUCUAGAUGGAUACCAUCUAUCUAUUACCUUCGUAAAGACAUUAAAAUAGGCAGGUGGUUGUCUUAAUUGCUAUUUUUAAGAGAAAUCUGCUGACUAGAUUCCCUUGCUGAUGUUUUCCUUCCAUUUUAUAAUCAUUCUCUUGUCUGGGUCCAAAGCUCCUUAGAAUAUGUAUUUUUGCCCAAGUUUGGGACCUGUUUCUCCUGAAUCAAUCAUGCCACAUUUUUCUCCAGGGAUGGACUUUCCUGGCUACCUCCAUCCUUUUAAUUUGAUAGUCAAAGUGCAAGCAAACUGGUCAAACGCUGCAUCAUUUUUUUCCUUUUUUUUAAUUGAGUGGUAUUUCUCACUAUAAUCUCGCCAUUAUUUAUACCUGGGGUGUCCGACCUCGGCAACUUUAAGUCUUGUGAACUUCAAUUCCCAGAAUUCCCCAGCCAGUUGAAGUCCAUAAAUCUUAACGCUGCUGGGGUUGGACACCCUUGGUUUAUACAGUGAGCUGCAAUCUUGAUCUAAGGAAAUGUCAGUGUUUUAAAUUUCUCUUCCCAGGUUGUAAGGAGAGAAUCCUUCAAAAUUGAGAUUUUUCUUGUUGGCCUUCAUUUUCUCUUACAGAAAGUGGGAUUUGUGGGGUGUUUGUCCAAAUAUAGAAUUAGGCAGAGGCAGGGAGAAUAGCCGUUAUCCUACGGUGGAUCUAGGACAGGGGUAGGCAACCUUGGCUCUUUUAUGACUCGAGGACUUCAACUCCCAGAAUUCCUGAGCCAGCAUGGCUCAGCAUGGAAACCUCUCCCUGUCCCCUCAGCAUGGCUGGCUCAGGAAUUCUGGGAGUUGAAGUCCACAAGUCAUAAAAGAGCCAAGGUUGCCUACCCCUGAUCUAGGACAUUCUGAAGCUGAUCUCUUACUCACUCCAGUGGCUCCAUUCAGACUCCAUCAAGUCAUGAUGGUCUUCUUUAAAGACCAUGAGUCUACUGUUCCUCAAAGAUCCAUGGGUACCUCACUGGCCACAACUACAGCCCCUCUUUGCCAGGAGGAACCAGAAGGGUGAGGUGUCACAUCUCAAGAAUCUUCUGUUGGGAUGAAGUGCAAGGGGGGGGGGGAGAGCAAGAAGGAAGAGGGGUUCCUGGUUGGGUUUUUUUUUUUGUUGUUCUGUUUUUUUAAAAGGUGCUAAGAUGGCUUCUCCCACCCUCAAUUGCAGACAUCCGAUCAUUCUUCCGGUGGUGGCAGAGCGGCCAUUUAAGAGUUAUUUUAAAAUGUAAUUUUAAUUGGGGAUGGGAGGGGGAUAUGGAUUGGGGUUUGUUUUGAUGUUUCUGUUGAUGUUUCUAUUUUGUAAACCGCCCCGUCUAUACAAGGGUGACAUUUUCUGUUCAUAAAUAAAUAAAUAAAUAAAUAUGGUUUCUGUGCUGAGAUUCCUCCCUUGAUUCAAGGGAAAGAGACUCCCCUCUCCCCUCUUUCAGGCCUUCUCCCUUCAUGCCCAUGGGGGAGGGAGAACUGUACUAAGAUGAGGGAGAAGGCCAGCAGGCUAUCCUUGUGUCCUUCAGACUGUCCAGGAGGCAGGUUUUCCCAACUACAAGGAGCCCUUGACACAACGGUUCAUUUUGUGACCAUUCAAAGUUACAACGGCACUGAAAAAAGUGACAUAU